UGAUUAUUGAAAGAUACUGCUCUCAUAUAAACCGAAAGUAAAAGACAAGUCAGUUUUCGAUAUACGUUCAAAAUCAUGCUAUGAAUUUAGAUAAUCUAAUUCAGUUAAUAAGUAUUGUAGUGAUCAUAUUUUGCUGACUGCUAAGGCACGAAUCUGGUUUCCAUCUACACCCACACCUAAAACUUGGACCGCUAAGUGUCCUUAUUACGAUUCACAGGAAAAUGUUUGCAGAUUUAAAUGUAGUAUGGCCAUCCUUAGGCGUAAAAGAUUCGACAAUAGUGAACACUGUUAAGAUGCUCGAGAAAUUGGGCUAUGCGGCUGUGGCAUUGAAUUAUCAGUUUGACGGAAAGUUACAAAAUGUUAUUAAAAACCCCAUCCCUGCCAUUCUUUAUCCAGAACAGAAAAUAAAAAUAUACUCACGAAUCACUUUAACCAUCGAAUCAACACCUCAGAAUAAAAUUUUGCAUAAUGCAACAAAAGAGUUCGACAUACUUGCUUUAAGACCGGUGGGAGAAAGAUUGCUGCAACAAACUGCUGGCGACCUUGAGUUUGACAUAUUGUCCUUUGAUUUCUCCCAGAGAUUGCCGUUUUAUUUGAAGCAUACUAUUAUGGGACUUGCGGUUUCUCGAGGAAUUGGAAUUGAAAUUUCUUAUGCUUCAGGUUUACGGGAAGCUUCUAGUAGAAGAAAUCUGGUUACAAAUGCUUCUAGUUUGGUUCGUGCUACAAGAGGGCGUGGUAUAUUGAUAUCUAGCGAAACCCGAAGCCCAUUAGAAUGCCGUGCUGCUUUUGAUGUUAUAAACUUAGCGACCUUUUGGGAUCUGAAACAAGAUCAAGCUAGAUAUGCUAUUAGCGGAUUCUGUCGAUCUGUUAUAUUGCAUGCUGAAACAAGAAGAAACACUUAUCGCUCUUCCGUUAAACUAGUGGAUGAAGAUGAAGACACCACAUCAAAUAAACGACCGAAAGUGGCCGCAUAGCUUAAAUACUAUUCUAUUUAUUUCUGGUUUUGGGGAACAUUAGACAUUUUAAGUCAGUUUGCAGUUCAGUAACCAAAGAUUGAUUUGGUCAAAAAAGGAUUUGUAGAACAAAUAUUUAAGACUGCAACUAUUUAAUUAUUCCCUUUCUUUUGGUUUAUUGAAGAUGUAUACAUAUAUGAUGAAAUAGGUUUUUAUAAAAAUUAUAAUUUUUGUACAGUUUAAAAAGAUGAAUGUAUUGUUUUCACUCUUAGUA